AUGGACAUUAGGAGGAGACUUUGCAAACUAAAACCGUGUCUCUGUUUUGGAACCAAAUAUGUUUUAGUGAUCACCAGUCUUCUUAGCUGGGUGAAUUGUUUGGAGAAUCAGAGCAUGACACCAGAGGAGAAGACCAACAUCAGAAGCCAAAUUCUGGAGAUGUUUGACCAUGCCUAUAGUUACAUGAAAUAUGCCUAUCCAGCAGAUGAGCUGAUGCCGCUAAGCUGCAAAGGGAGAAUCAUGAGGAGAAAGCACAGACGACUCAGAAAAGAAACACCUUGCUUUUGUUUUGAUGCCUUGAAACAUCAAAUAAUGUUUCACAGCUCCCUGAAUCAAACAGACAGGUGGAAUAUCACAUGAAAAUGUGAGGGCGUCAACUUGGACAAUGAUGUGGUGGUGUCCGUGUUUGAGACCAACAUCAGGGUUUUAGGAGGGCUUUUGGGGGGACAUGUGAUGGCUGACCUGCUCAGGCAGCGUGGGGAGAGGAUGCAGUGGUAUCGUGAUGAACUCCUUCACAUGGCCGUCGAGCUGGGCCACCGACUGAUUCCUGCCUUCAACACCUCCAGUGGCCUUCCCUACCCUAAGGUGAAUCUGCGGUACGGCAUCUUGAACCCACUCUCACGCACCGGCACUGAAUCGGACACGUGCACAGCAUGUGCAGGGACCAUGAUCCUGGAGUUUGCCGCUCUCAGCAGGCUGUCGGGAGAGUCCGUGUUUGAGGAACAUGCUAGGAAGGCCCUGGAUGUCCUCUGGGAGAGGAGACAGAGAGGAAGUGACUUAGUUGGAACUGUGAUCAAUAUCCAUAAUGGAGAAUGGGUCAGGAAAGAUAGCGGUGUUGGCGCAGGAAUCGACUCGUACUACGAAUAUCUAAUGAAGGCCUACAUUCUUUUAGGAGAUGAUACAUUUUUGCAGAGGUUCAACAUUCACUACAGUGCCAUUAUGAAGUACAUCAGCCAGCCUCCUCUUCUGCUCAACGUGCACAUGCACAAUCCCACUGUGAGUGUUCGCAGCUGGAUGGAUUCGCUGCUCGCUUUCUUCCCUGGACUACAGGUUUUAACAGGAGAUCUGAAACCAGCCAUAGAGACUCAUGAGAUGCUAUACCAAGUCACAAAGCAGCACAAGUUUCUCCCAGAGGCUUUUACCACAGAGUUCAGAGUACAUUGGGGUCAACACCUGCUGAGACCAGAGUUUGCAGAAAGCACCUACUACCUCUAUAAGGCCACCGGUGACCCUUACUACCUCAGAGUGGGACAGUCCAUAGUGGAAAAACUCAAUGCCUUUGCCAGGGUGGCUUGUGGUUUUGCUGCUGUGCAGGACGUCCGCACUGGGACACAUGAAGACAGGAUGGACUCGUUCUUUCUGGCAGAGAUGUUCAAAUACCUCUACCUGCUGUUUUCGGAGAAGAGCCAGCUGCCGAUUAACAUAGACGACUACAUUUUCACCACAGAGGCCCACCUACUGCCCGUCUCUCUGUCCACGACUCAAGUCACCGUCCAGAGCAACGUUACGGAGAGUCCUGUUGCUCAUGAUGAGGAUCUAUUUACACACUCCUGCCCCAGCACAGAGACAUUGUUCCCCAACAACCCAUCGUUCGCCAAAACCAUUAGGGACGGCUACAAGUACCUGACCGGCGUGGGACGAGCCUUCACUCCUCUACCCAUCAGGGAAAUUGAGCUGCCGCUUCAUGACAGUGGCAUGGAACCAGUGGAGUUCUUGAAGAGCAUGGGCAUCUCUCUCACCCGUCUGAAUGACUUUACCCUUGGAGACUCUAUUGGCUCAAAGCAUCAUAAAGGAGUGUUCCGCGUCAAGCUUGUCGCAGAAGUGAGCCAGAUGAUAGAGGAGGAGCUGGUGGUGCCGCAUGCCGUUCAGCUCAUAUCUCCUCCGUUUCUGGGCAGGACGGUCCUCACUGCAGGACCCGCCAAGUUUGGGAUGGACCUGACCAAGCAGGAGCACGGGGUGAAAGGAACCAUAGUGAAAGUUUCCCCUUACACUGCCUGUGGGCCAAUAGAAAAUGCAGCAGAGGUUAAAGGCCGUAUUGCACUUGCAUUACGCGGUGACUGCAUGUUUGCAGCCAAGGCUCGUUGGCUGCAACAAGCUGGAGCCGGUGGAGUCAUCUUUAUAGAUCACCACGAAGGAAGUAACAGUGAGGAGACUCCCCUCUUCCAGAUGGUCGGAGACGGUGACUCUACCGAAGACAUCGCCUUACCUUUGGUGUUUCUGUUCAGCCGGGAGGGCGCCGUGCUCACCUCCGCCCUGGAGGAACAUCACAAUGUGGAUGUAUUGUUGCUGCCGAAGGAGAGGCAGCUGGGACAGGAUAAGUCAGAAUACCCUGGCGGCAUGAACAUAAAACUCCGCCUGAAAGAGGAGGGGGGGUCAGAGGACAGAGCAGCUACAGGAACCACACUGGAGCUGGUUUUGGAGGACGAAGAGGUUCUUCUUAAAGAGGCGGGCGAAGAAGAGCUUAGUGGAAAACAACAGUCACAGCACCAACAGCUCUGCACUCAAGGCAGAACUGGACCCUGUCCUACAGACUCUCCGCAAGCCCUGAACUCCAAACCCAAACCAGGCACAAACCCUUGACCGCUGUGAUUCCCUGAUGCUAGUGGCUAGUUGGUUUGUGAGCAGCAUGUGGCCCCUCUCUCUGCUCUGCAGGACAGCCUGCAUGUUUACAAUUAACAGGGAGGAUAUGAAUUUACUACUCCAUGUUUAUGACGCAGUCGGAUCAGAGGGAUUCUGCUCUCAGCCGGAACAUGAGCUGGUCUCCUGUCGUUGUAGCUACAAACAGCUUGUGGCUGCAAUGUCGUGUCCAGUAGAGCAGGAUUUAAAGUCGUCCUAACCUAGGGGGAAGCUUAGAAGAGGUAACAAAAUGUAUGCAAUUUGCUUUUAAUCUAGAUUGCACCUUUUUAACUUCUUCCAAAUACUGUUUUAGCAGUCUGUAAUGAUCUGUGGAGUCUUACUUGGCCAGUAGGUGGCGUCGGCUUCCACAACCUCUCAGUUGCACCAUGUGUAAGGUGGAUGAAGGAGACAAGUUUUGGUUCUUUUGGAAGGUAAAUUUUGUACUAGGUAGAAACUUCAGGGACUUGAUGAGUGAAUGCAGUAUGCACAAUUGACCAAUUUACUUUUUUAAUGUGCACAUUUGAGAGGGGUGUUUUACACUUCUUUUGGCUAAUUAAAGAGUUAGCAUUAGACUGUGUGAGUGCAGUUUAUUAAUUAGGCUAUAUUUAUAUAAAAUGCAUCUUGGUUGAAACCUCUAAACCUAAUCAUGCAAAUAACAAAUAAGAAGAGAAAAUUGUGAGUACUAUUUGAGAUUCAUUGUAGACGUUGGUUCUUAAUAUUGUAUUUGUACAAAUUUUAGAAAAACUCAUUUCAAAUUACUUUGUGAAAAAAGUGAAAAACACAUUCAAUCAUCGUCUUGCACUCUGGUGUGAUCAUAUCCGAUCAUUAGCUCUGAACUUAUUGUAUAUUCCAACUAUGUUUAAAUCCCAUGGUGAUACCUAACAUAAAACCAAAGUUAAACAUCUCCACACAGAGAAAAUGCUUUUCAACAUUUAGUUGUGAGUGUUUUCUUUUCAGGUGUGCAGCAAGAUUUCACUUCACGUUUGUCACGGUUGCAUAAGAAAUAGAAAGCUUUUCUCCCCAAGAAAUUUGAACGCUGUCCAGGAUGAGUUUUGGAUUUAUUUGCACCUGUUAGAAGUCCAGUUCACAUUGUGAAGUAUUUCACGGGCAUUAAUAUGUGCAAUGACUUUAAUUUUUUUUUUUCGUCAGUCACUUUCUGUUGCUGGUUUUUGUUCUCACUAGUCAUAAGUUGCACAUUUUCCACUUAUUGGUUUUUCUUUUGACCAGUGGACUAUUUUUCACACUCAAAACUGAUUUUAGAUUAGAAAUCCGAUGGGGUUUUAUAGGGCAAACAGACUUCUCUAAGAUUUAUUGCUAACUUGUAUUUUAUUUUAUUUUUUUACCUCAGGUCUGUGCAUAUUAUUUUUAAUGCAGAAUAAAAUGCCAAUAGAGGGCAAUCCAAGGACACCUUUUUGUUAUAUUUUAGCUAUUUUAUGUUAUUUAUUAUUAUUUCUCUGAUUAGCAACUGCAGCCUAAAAUGUGCCAAAAGAGCUGUAAUGAUCUCUACACAUUAUGUUUGAUUUCAGGUGCAAGCAGAGGAAGGCCUAGUAUGUUUUGCUCUUUAACUAAUAUUUCUGUAAUUGAGCCUUUGCCAUAAUUUUAUAUCCUUGGUGAAAUAUUUUAAGAGCAUCUGAAUGUUUUUGGACUUGACGAUUUGCUUCUAAUUGUUGAUUUCCGUAUCCAGAGAGUGACAUUUUACGUUGACCAAUCAAGAAAAUAUGAGACAUUCAUCCAGGUGAAUUUGAGAAUAAAGAUACUUGCAACUUC